CAGUCUUCCAGUUGAGCUGUGUGGUUUUAGUUUAGUUUAGUUAUUUAGUUUUAGUUUAAUUAUUUCUAUUUGAAGUGACCCUGAUUUUCACAUACUAUAUAAUAUCUGAGCUCUAACCUCACCAGACCGCAGAUUUUGCAGAGAGCUGCUGAUAUGAAACUCCUCUACUUUAUGGCUCUGCUGAUCUUUGGAGCCAGUGGUGAUCCCUGUAAUCCAUCCAGCGAACAGGGUAAUAGGACUAGGAACUAUUUUCUGUACAACAGCACAGAUUUGAAAAUUGCAGAGAACCUUACAACAUUACUCUGCAACUGGAAUAGCUCCCAGUGUUAUGCAGAGUGCACCUUUGUCAAUCUCACCACAAACAUAACGGAUGUAGAUGACAAAAAUGCAGUAGAAAAUGUUUCAAUCCUAGGUCUAAGCAAAACACUUGUCUUCAAAAUAAGUGAGCAAAAGAUCACAUGUAAUGUCACAAAGUGUGUACGGGAUGAAAUAAGUACAUUGAUAAUUGAAUCAUCCAACUCUAAUGACUUGAAAGAUUUAAGAAGACCAAUAAAAAUAAAAAAAAUGUGUUCUAAUUUGUUUGCUUCAGAUAUUCCCAUUAAAAAAGUUUACAUCAGUGCAGAGAAAAAUUACAUUGAUGCUCUCAUCACACUUCCGUUUAAUGGAACAACCAAAAAUACUGACCGAGAGGAAUUUAACAUGGAUGUAGUUAAGAUGGAUAUGAUGAACACCCCAGCUCUCGGGCUUGUACAGAUCUCUGCUCCAAAGGUGCCUGGAGAUGCUCUGCCUUUGGAUGUAUUCAUGCCUACUGAACCUUUUGUGAAUGUCUCAGUUGGCAUAGUGACAUAUCCCUCUGCACAACAGUUUAUACAUGACCCGAACACUGUGUUGAAGUCCAAAGUCAUACGCAUUGAAACUGUUGGAAAUGAGAGCAAGCACUUGUCCAAAUGGCUUUUAAUCAGUUUUACACUGAACAGUAAUGAAAUAAUAUCCGAAAACCAGACGCUGUCAUGCCAGUUCUAUGAUGAAACAGGUAUGUAG